AUGGAUAUUCAUGCGGUCGGCGAGAGAGUUUGCCAGAGUUUUACAUUAAUUGAUGAAGAAGUGCCUGCUGAAAGAAGGGAACUAUUAAAUACUUAUCUGAAUCGAUUAACACAGCAUGUGAGUACGGUGAACGGAAGUCCAACGAAGUAUUCGUUGAUGAUUGCUAAGCGAGAUGAUUGCACUGAUGUAUCAACUUAUAACCAUAUGUUGACGAAUCAUAACAAUAAUUUGCCCGCUUUUGAUGGAAAUAAAUUGGUAGUUGCUAGCUGUUCAAAUAAAAUAAUCCAGAAACGAAUUUCGCCGGCAUGUAUUUUUGAAGAAAUGGUGCCUGAUGCAAAACGACGCCGGUUUUGGAUUAAUUCAGAACGGGAUGCGGAGGCCUGUUCAAAUAAAAUAAUCCAGAAACGAAUUUCGCCGGCAUGUAUUUUUGAAGAAAUGGUGCCUGAUGCAAAACGACGCCGGUUUUGGAUUAAUUCAGAACGGGAUGCGGAGGCGUCUAAAGUUGAUAAUAUGGAAUUCUCGUCCCAUGCGGAUCCUGCUAUGGCUCAGCUGGCUGGCAAGUUUUCGUUAUCCAUGGACUUAUGGUCUAAUACAGCAGUCGAUGAUUUUCAGUCAACAGUUGACGACGAUUCAUGUGAUGGUAUAUUUUUGGUUGAAGUGACAGACGAAGAAAUGAACAAGUUUUGGGAUACAUUACCAAAGGAGUUCGGCGGUUUUAUGUAG